AUGGCUUCUCCGUAUCGGCGCGUUGCUGUUAUAGGAGCAGGGCCCUCCGGACUGGCAGCUGUGAGGGCGCUUGAACGAGAAGGAUCAUUUGAUUAUAUCCGUGUUUUUGAGCGAAAGAGUACGGCUGGCGGUUUAUGGGCUUAUGAGCCAGAACCAGACAGUUUUCAAGUGAACACUCAAAGCGAGGUCCCGAAGAUUCCUAGUCAACUUGCAGCCAGAACUCCUUGUCUCAUGCCGGCGACCCCAGAGCCUCAGGGCCUCCGGGGAGCGGCCUAUGAGACCCUUGACACUAAUGCCGGGGCCCGCACACUGGCCUUCACGCACACGCCGCUGCCAAAUGGCAAUUCGGUAGCCUCUAUACGGAAAUUCGGUCGAGACAAUCCAUCUCGACCGCGUCAUCUUGCUUUACACUAUCUGCAGGAUCUGUUUAUUCCUUUUCUACAUUUACUCGUUGUUGAGACCACUGUUGAAAAGGCCGAGAAAACUGAUGACGGUCAAUGGAAGCUCACGCUACGACGCCGAAACGUCGAACACGGCACAUCAAAUCCACCGAAGGAUUACUGGUGGGAAGAGCGAUUUGAUGCAUUGGUGGUAGCCUCGGGACAUUUCACGGUCCCUAACAUUCCUGAUAUCGAAGGUCUAGUCGAGACCUCCACGGAGUUUCCGGAUAAGUUUGAGCAUUCCAAAUCCUGGAGGUCCCAAAACUCACAUAUGUCAAUAAGGUCCAAAAUUGUCAUUGUGGGCGGCGGCAUAUCCGCUGCAGACCUUGUUGAGGACCUCCACGAAAUCGUCAAGGGCCCGCUGUACGUCUCCCGACGCAGCGAUGUGGGCUUCCUCGAAGAUGCAUGGUGUCUUCCCAACGUGAUCAGUAAAACGACAAUCUCGCGCAUAUCCGGUGCUUCUGGCGGUACGGUAGAGUUCCAGGAUGGGACAAGCAUCACGGGCGUCGACAAGGUUAUUUUCGCUACAGGAUACAAGAUAUCGUAUCCGUUUUUGCCUUUCGAGGCUGUUGCUCCUCAGAACAGACUGGCCGGAUUCUAUCAGCACCUUUUCCAAAUCGGUGAUCCCUCCCUUGCUGUAAUCGGUCAGGUCCGAGCAGCAAUCAGCUUCCGCAUCUACGAGUAUCAGGCUGUGGCGGUUAGUCGUUUCCUAGCUGGGCGUUCUAAAGAAUUGCCUCGCAAAGCAGAACAAGAGGAAUGGGAGGAACGGAGACUACAGUACAAGGGUUCUACCGAGCUGUUCCACGGAACAAAGCCGGAUUCUGUGGACUACUAUGGCUGGCUGCGAGAAUUCGCAGGUCACCCAGCAGGAAAGCCUACGGAACAUCUCCUGCCGGAAUUUGAGGAAAAUUGGGUUCAGAGCGAUGUAGAAAUCUUAUUGGCGAGGCAGCAGUAUUGGGCAUCCCUCCUAGCUAAGCAUCGUGCUUUGGAUCAUACAACAAAGGCAUCGAGUUGA